AAUGCUCAAAAAGGGAGAAAAUGAACAUUAUCGAAUAAUUCAUAAAAAUAUAAAGGAUUACAGAAAUUACGUAAAAAAUGAAUAUGAUGGAUUUCAUAGAGCUCUAACAAGAAGACAUUUGUUCGUCAUUGAGUCAUCUUAUGCCUACUAUUUCAUUAAUAAACGUGGUAGAUGCGAUUUACAUAUAGUCUGCGAAUUUCCAGAGACAUUUCAAUAUGCUUUUGCUGCCUCCAAGCAAAGUUUACAUUUGCUAAAAAGGGUUGACAAAGGUCUGAGAUCUCUACUUGGAAACCGUAGUCUCCUAUCGAGUCUGAGAAGGAAAUAUUGGAAUGAUAAAUGCGUAAAAUCACGGGAUUAUUUUAUUCGACCUGGACUACCAACUACCCCAUCUUUUCAUCCUACAAAGGAUAUUUAUAAGUUCGAUUCAACUACGCGAACUUAUAAGCUUAUCGAUCUUGAGGCAACAUCUUUAAAGGAAAAUACACAAGUACAAACGGAAGUUGAAAAGAAUAGAGAAAUUACAACUCCAAUCAAUAAUGCGUCAUUGAAAAGAAUGGAUAAUGUUAUAAAGGCAAUUGGUAUUGAAAAUCCACCCUAUUUAUACGUACGAACCAAAAAUUCGUCUACUGUUGAGUUUUCCGGUUAUACACCCGAAUUAUUCCAUCACUUAUCAAGCGUAAUACCAUUUAAAUUCAACAUCGUAUUAGAACAGAAAGGCAGAAUGGGUAGGAAAUUACGAAAUGGUAAAUGGUCAGGUUUAAUAGGCGAUGUUAUAAAGGGGAAGGCUAUCAUGACAGCAAUUCCAUUAAAAGUGACGAGGAGGUUGGAGAAGGUUCUAACGGCUACGAAACCAAUACUCUUUUCGUCCUUAGCAAUUGUUGGAUGGGGUGAUAGUUCUCUAGAAUCAAUACAUCUUUCGGAUUUACUUAAUAGCAGUAAUUUCAUAAUAAUUCAUAAAUCUUCGGCUCAACAAACUAUAAAAUAUUCAAGGAAUCCGCUUCUGAAACAAUUAUGGCAUGUUAUUCAAGAAAAUAGAUCGUUUAUGCUUGUACACUCAAUAGAAGAAGCUUUAAAUAGAUUGAAAAAGGAGAAAUUAUAUUUAAUAAUAGAUUCAUUGAAUGCUUUAUAUUUAACCAAUAAUUAUCAUAAUAGAAAAUGUGGUUUAAAAGCUAAAGAUGAAAUUAUUGAGAGUAUGGAAUUUUCUUACGCAGUUAAAAAGGAUUCGAAAGAUUUGAUAAGGUCGAUUAACGAUGGCCUAGUUAAGCUGAAGCGAAGCGGCAUCAUAGAUAGAUUAUUCGAUAAAUAUUUCCCCUUAUCUCCCUGCAUGCUUAAUUCAGCCCUACACUCUCAAAGUUUUAUUAAAGAUAGAACAUCUUUGACAUCGCCACAACCAACAACAAUAAUUGAAUCAUUAACAACAAUUCAAAGUAACGUUUCAACUACUAAUAAGCAACCUCUUUCAAAAAUUUUAAAGGAAAAGGAUCAAUAUUCAAAUAUAAACAGAAAUCAGCCUUUUACACCUAAAAGUUCUUACCAAACAACUCUGACCGGAAGAGAUUUAAUAUCUAAUAAUACCAGAGGGAAAGUGAACGUUGUUUACAAAAAAUCUAGAAAUAGCGCAAUUGUAGUUUUAACCGGAUAUUGCAGUACUCUCUGGCUGUCGUUUGAUCAAAAAGUUCGAGUACCCCAAGAAAAACCGCAAUGUGCAUCCUUAUCAUAUGGAGGAGGUCGAUAUAAUGUUAUUUUUGAGGAUUGUAGCGAAUUCGUUCAGUUUAAAUGCGUUGUACCGGAUAUCAAUGGUAGGUGUAUUAAACUACUUUCUGGUCAAAGAAGAAGAACUUGGUUAGAUGCAAGAGAAUUUUGCACCGAACGAUUAGGAAGGCUGGUUGAAUAUAGUACCGAAGAGGAAAGGGUACAGUUAAGAGAAAACUUAGCAGGAUAUGGCAAAAUUUGGCUUGGUUUAAUUAAUAGAGUUUGGACAAGAGGCCAUUCUACAAAUGAUCCUGGUGCUAUGUGCGGAUUAAUUGACCUUACAAGAAAACAAUUAGAAAUGAGACCUUGUACUGAUAGAAUAGGAACAGUUGCUAUGUGCAAUAUAGCUAUUAAAAGCAAAGAAAAAAGAAAGAGAAGACCAGCAUCUAAAAAAUACAAUCCGCAUCCAAUGAAAUGGUGCAUAUUGUAA